AAUUUCAAUCUUCCUCCGCACACUUUGCACUCUCUCUCUCAAGAUGGACCGUACCACUCUCUUCUCUCUCGUCCUCCUCUCUCUCCUAUCCACUACGGUGGCCUCCACCGUAGCUCCUAAGGAGACCGACGACGACCUUCUGAUCCGCCAAGUCGUGUCGGCUGGCGAUGAUCAGCUCCUCAGCGCUGAACACCACUUCUCCAGCUUCAAGGCGAGGUUCGGGAAGGCCUACGAGACCGAGGAGGAGCACGACUACCGGUUCGAGGUGUUCAAGGCCAACCUCCGACGAGCCAAGACGCACCAGAAGCUCGAUCCGAACGCCGUUCAUGGAGUCACGAAGUUCUCCGAUCUGACGCCGGGAGAGUUUCGCAAGAAGUUUCUCGGCCUCAAGCGGCUCCGCCUCCCCGCCGACACUCAGAAGGCUCCGAUCCUUCCUACCAACGAUCUUCCCGCCGACUUCGAUUGGCGCGAUCAUGGCGCUGUCACGCUGGUCAAGGACCAGGGUUCUUGCGGGUCAUGCUGGUCAUUUAGUACGACGGGAGCACUGGAGGGAGCUCAUUUUCUGGCGACAGGAGAGCUUGUCAGCCUGAGUGAGCAACAGCUUGUGGAUUGUGACCACCAGUGCGAUCCGGAAGAAAAAAAUUCAUGCGACGCAGGCUGUAAUGGUGGGCUGAUGACCAAUGCCUAUGAGUACGCACUCAAGGCCGGUGGACUACAGCGAGAGGUGGACUAUCCUUACACUGGGAAAGAUGGUACCUGCAAAUUCGACAAGACUAAGGUUGUCGCUUCUGUAGCUAACUUCAGCGUUGUGUCCCUUGAUGAAGACCAGAUUGCCGCAAAUUUGGUGAAGAAUGGUCCCCUCUCAAUUGGCAUCAAUGCUGUUUUCAUGCAGACAUACAUAGGAGGAGUUUCGUGCCCAUACAUCUGCUCAAAGCAUAUGCUGGAUCAUGGAGUGCUUUUGGUGGGCUAUGGGACUGCAGGAUAUGCUCCGAUCCGAUUUAAGGAUAAGCCUUACUGGAUCAUAAAGAAUUCAUGGGGUGAGAAUUGGGGAGAGCAAGGAUAUUACAAGAUCUGCAGGGGACGCAAUGUUUGUGGGGUGGACUCUAUGGUCUCAACCGUAGCUGCUCUGCAUAUGGAAGAUAAAAGUUCGGAAAUCCAUUAAAUUACCUUGUAUAUGUGGUGGCAAGUGGGUUAUGUAAAUAUACAAGUGAAGCUGCCAUUUAGAUGACUUGUGUAAUUCUGUUUGUCUCCAUGGGAACUUAUGUUUUAGGAUUUCACGAUUUCUGCUCGAACCUAUUGUAGGCAACUACUUGUCCUCUGGGUAUAUCAGAAACUAUUGAUGAAUUUAUAAAAAUAAUGUCUUCUUCUUGUGCCAAGACAUGCUUGUGGAAAUUUAUUUGAACAAUAUCACGUUUGGUUCCUAGGGAACAACGUUAAUAUCAA